AUGUCGUUCUUCAUUGAUAACCCUAAUGUGGGUAACCACAAUCAUUUGGAAGACUCCCGCAUUCUCGGCUACAACCCUCUCACCCCGCCCAAUCUCCUCCAACAUGAGAUCGCAUUGACCGAGACCUCACGAAAGACCGUACUUGAUGGACGCAAUGAAGCCGUCGCAAUUGUCCAUGGCACAGAUGAGCGCCAGCGUAUGAUGGUAGUGAUUGGACCCUGCUCCAUCCACGACCCGGAAAUGGCCCUCGAAUACUGCGAUCGCCUAAUGAAGAUGAAAGCGAAGUACGCCGACGAUCUGCUCAUUGUGAUGCGCUCGUACCUCGAGAAGCCACGCACAACCGUCGGCUGGAAGGGCCUGAUCAACGACCCCGAUAUCGACAACAGCUUCAAGAUCAACAAGGGUCUCCGCGUAUCACGCCAGCUGUUCGUCGACCUGACCAACAAGGGCAUGCCCAUCGCCAGCGAGAUGCUCGACACAAUCUCCCCCAGUUCUUGGCUGACUGUCCACCGUGAGCUUUCCUCCGGUCUGUCUUUCCCCGUUGGAUUCAAGAAUGGCACCGACGGUUCGCUCGAUGUCGCAGUCGAUGCUAUUGGCUCCGUCAAGCACCCCCACCACUUCCUGUCCGUCACAAAGCCCGGUGUUGUCUCCAUUGUUGGAACCGUUGGUAACCCUGAUUGCUUUGUUAUCCUUCGCGGAGGCAAGAAGGGUCCCAACUACGAUGCUGCCAGCAUCGCCGAUGCCAAGGCCAAGCUUAGUGCCAAGGGCAUGCGUCCCCGUCUUAUGGUUGACUGCAGCCACGGUAACUCUGAGAAGAACCACAAGAACCAGCCCAAGGUCGCUGCUGUGCUUGCUGAGCAACUCGCUGCUGGUGAGGAAGCUAUUAUGGGUGUUAUGAUUGAGAGUAACAUCAAUGAGGGCAACCAGAAGGUCCCCGCAGAGGGCAAGGCCGGUCUCAAGUACGGUGUCAGUAUCACAGAUGCUUGCAUCAACUGGGAGGACACCGAGUCAGUAUUGGAGACCCUGGCUCAGGGUGUUCGCGCUCGUCGCGAGAAAUCGGAAGCGAAAUAA